AAAACCCUGUUUAUCUCUCAUCUCGCCAGUUGCAGAAAAUUACAGUGAAAACGAAGCUACAAGACAAACAAAAAUGGCGUGAGAGUGAUAAGGCAAUGUUUGUUAGCUAGCCACUAUGCAGCAGAUGUUUUUACGCCGUGCAGGAGGCCCCAUCUUCUCUACUAAUCCAUCCCCCAUUUUAACCCCUCGUCGUAUUGUCCUUAUCGCUUCAGGGUUUAACCAAAUCCCCACAAUUCAUCCUCUAGGGUUAGGGUUUAGCCACAACACUCCACUUCCAAUGCCAUACGCCGCCACCACCACCGCUGGUAUCUCCACCGCUAUAGGUUCUAGAAACCUUUUUAGCAGCAGCCGUAACACAUGCUCGAAUUCCACUCGUGUAGGUUCUAAUUUAACCUACACGUGUCGUAAAUGUAGAUGUUCUGUUGAGAGUGUUAAUACGGUUCCUUCUAGGGCUUGGAGUUUGUUAAAGGAGAAUCGAAGUGGUUCUCGUGUUGCUUGGUUUCAAACCUCUGUUGUUUCGGAUAAUUUGGUUUCGGUUAGUUCUGAAGAAGAUAACGGUGAGGAUAGUGGUGGUGGUGAUGAUGGUGAGAAGACUGUGAGAUUGAAUAGGAGACAUCAUAGGAGUGGUGGUGGUGGUGGUGGUGGUGCUGUGCCGUUGCUCGCUGGAAACCCGGAUUUGCUGACGAUUCCGGGUGUCGGUCCGAGGAAUUUGAGGAAGCUGGUUGAGAAUGGGAUAGGGGGAGUUGCUGAACUUAAGCAAAUCUACAAGGAUAAGUUCUUUGGGAAGUCGAAUCAGAAGAUGGUGGAGUUUUUAAGAAGCUCUGUUGGGAUUAAACACAGAAACCAUGCUGAAAGUAUAACCACAUUCAUCAAAGAGAGUGUGGAUGAAGAGCUUAAAGACGAUCAUGUGAACACCAUUCCACAAAAGAAACGGCUUACUUUCUGUGUCGAAGGGAAUAUAAGCGUGGGAAAGACGACUUUCUUGCAGAGAAUUGCUAAUGAAACUCUUGAGCUUCAGGAUCUUGUUGAGAUUGUUCCUGAACCGAUUGACAAGUGGCAGGAUAUCGGGCCCGAUCACUUUAACAUAUUAGAUGCUUUUUAUGCUGAGCCAGAGAGGUAUGCUUACACGUUCCAAAACUAUGUGUUUGUUACGCGAGUUAUGCAGGAGAAAGAGUCGUCUAGCGGAAUUAAGCCCCUCAGAUUGAUGGAGAGAAGCGUUUUCAGCGAUCGGAUGGUUUUUGUGAGAGCUGUUCAUGAGGCUAACUGGAUGAACGAGAUGGAAAUCAGCAUCUACGAUUCAUGGUUUGACCCGGUUGUUUCUUCUCUUCCGGGCCUUAUUCCAGAUGCUUUUAUAUAUCUUCGGGCUAGCCCAGAUACUUGCCACAAACGAAUGAUGCUACGUAAGAGAUCAGAGGAAGGUGGGGUCAGCCUAGAAUAUCUUCGUGAUCUGCAUGAAAAACAUGAAAGUUGGCUUUUUCCAUCCGAAAGUGGGAAUCAUGGAACGUUAUCUUUUAGCAACCCUCCUGUUCAUGAUUGCUCUAUGCAUCCUGAUAUUAAAGAUCGGGUAUUUUAUUUGGAAGGAAAUCGUAUGCACCCGAGCAUACAGAAGGUACCUGCAUUGAUUCUUGACUGUGAGCCCACGAUUGAUUUUAGCAAGGAUAUCGAAGCGAAACAACAGUAUGCUCGACAAGUCGCAGAGUUUUUCGAGUAUGUGAAGAAAGUAAAGGAAGUUCCCACUGAAGGCAUUGAAGCGACCAGCAGGGGUGGUCAAUCACAGGUAUUGCUGCCCAAUGGAAAAUUAUGGAUCCCACCGAAGGGCGGAAGUUUCCCCACGUCCCUUAAGUCACUGGAUUUCAUGUCCUUCAUGCCUGGAUCAGGCUCCGCGUAGUGCAGAUAUGUGUUUUGCUUGUACAAAGAAAAUGUAACCUCCCAAUCACACCUUUUGCUUGUAGGAUGAUUGUAGUUUUCCACUUUUUUUCUCGAGUUUUAGUGAAGGGGUUGCUUGUUUAACGGGUCGGUGGGUCUGAAUUGUGCCGGUGACGGGUCAAAAGAGCUUGACAAGCUUGUACCCUACAUCCAAUUUUGGUCAGGUGUAGUUUGUUGUUUCAACUAUGCCUUUGAACUCUUAUCGCAAUUUAGACCGGUUUGUUCUA